CAAUUGGCCGGUCCGGGUCACAAAUGUUUAUUCUUCAUCAACAUGUGGAGGUGAUAGCUCAUUCGCUGCUUCCUAGUGCUUUCAAAAGUUGACGUGAAAAAGCACAAACGUGCACCAUCAUAGCUUACCCAGAGUAGGAUGGCACAUCAAUUUCACAUUCAGUGAAAGUUAAACUCUCUAGAUGUUCAGCUGGAGUGCUGGAAAUCUAUGCAAUUCUGUUGAGCCCAAUUGGCUAUUCGUAUGACACCCAAUAACACAGCUGAGUGAAAGAAAACAAGAAAGUGUGGCAAACAAAGGGGGUUUGGGUUCAUCCACUAUGGGCAAUGGUUCGGAUUUUGAGCUGCCGGAUGAGAUUCUCACGGUUCUGCCGACAGAUCCAUAUGAUCAGUUGGAUUUGGCCAGGAAGAUUACCUCUAUUGCCAUUUCUUCCAGGGUGUCCAAGCUGGAGGCUGAGAACAGCAGACUCAGGCUUAAAGUGUCCGAGAAGGAUCACAUCAUUCGAGACCUCGAGGGCAAGAUUAACCAGCUUGAUUACGCCCUGCAGGAAUCCAAUGACCGGUUGUCGCAAUCCAUCGAUCAACAGAGCAAACUUGCAAACGAGAAGAAUACAUUGAUGUUCACUGUCAAAAAGCUUAAUCGAGAUGUGGCAAAGUUGGAAGCAUUCAAGAAAACGCUUAUGCAAUCACUUCAGGAGGAGGAUGAAACACCUCAGUCAGAGACAACAGAAAGCACCACAGCUACACGACCAGCAAAAUCAUCUUUCAGUUCAUCCGUAAGAGAAGCAGCUAUUAAUGGUAUGCUAUCAAAUCAGGUAGGAAGUGAAACAAUGGAAACAAGUAGUUCGAUUGCAGAAGAGGAGCAUCAUGCAGAGUAUGAUGGUUCUAGGCAUGGUGGGCAGAAAUUUUCUUUUACUCCUUAUCUUACACCACGGCGAACUCCAACAGGAACACCAAAUACAAUAUCUGCUGCAGGUUCACCAAAAAUAUCUCCUGUGAGGUCUCCAAGACGACAUUCUACUUCUGGGUCUCCCACCAAGCGACAAAGUGAAGGCAGAAAUUCAUCGUCGUUACCUCCAAUUCACCAUGCAACGGCACCAAAUUCACCUCCUCAUAAAAGAUCAAUUCCAGCACGCACUCCACGAGUUGAUGGAAAGGAAUUCUUCCGCCAGGCUAGGAACCGGCUAUCAUUAGAACAAUUCAGUGCAUUCCUUGCAAAUAUCAAAGAGCUCAAUGCUCAUCAGCAAACUAGAGAGGAAACCUUGCGGAAAGCUCAUGAAAUUUUUGGUGCAGACAAUAAAGAUUUAUACCUGGCAUUUGAUGGUUUGCUUAGCCGUCACCUGAAUUAAUUAGACCGUCCAAUUCUUUUGUUUCCAUGUUUGCAAUUAUUUAAAUGCAUAGGAGAUUGGGUUUAUGUCAGCAACUUUUUCUUGACAACUCCAGUCAAGUUUGAACUAUACGUCUUUCCUUUUGUUGCUUGUUUCUGAUGUAGAAGUCUCUUUCUAAUAAGAAUAUGGAUGCACGGUAUUAUAUGACAGUGUUUUCCUGAAUAUCAUACUAUUGUUGUGUGGAGUCCACCAGGUAUAUUUGGCGAGAUUUGUUUACAGUUGGCUCAAAAUAAUAGGUGUUGUUUGAGGCUGCAAGUCUAUGCAGAAAACUUGACAGUGUAUACAUUCUAAAGUUAGUGCGGAUGACUGGACAGUGUGUACAUGUGAAUAUUGAAUUUUUAUCAUAAGAUUUUACCUAUCAAAUGCAAUUAAAUAUCUAGUUCUUAA